GCCUAGGCCGAAGGAAACGAUUGCCGAUCGAAAGCUUUUCCUCGAUUGGGAGCUCCGCUCUGCACCGCGCGAAGGCAAACGGAGGAAGAAGAUACAACACACAUACACACCCCAAGAAAAAAACCCCAACCCCAUACUGAUGGACGAAAUGGAUACAGCAACCCAUGUCAUGAAAAAGAAACGGCCCCGUGAAGAUAAUGAAAAGACAGAGAAGGUUAAAAAGAGAAGGAAGGUUGAUGAAAGCGAUGUUUGCCAAAACCAGCAGAAAGCUAAAAGUGAUGAGAAGCAGCCCCGCUUGUCUGCCGAAGUGUUUGGAGAAGACUCUGAAAUCAGCUACGACCAACUGUACAGAUUCCUCAAGUAUUCUGCUUUGGGGAAGCGCCACGAUGCAACUCAUCCCAGCUGGUGCCGUGUUCAUCACCGGAGGCGUCUGGCUGGCGUAGUGGUGGUGGUCCUGCGGGACGUCGGUCAGCUCCACUUCGACCGCUUCUACCUGCAGUUCAAGCAUCUCCGAAAGAUAUUCAGACAUCGCUUCUCUCUGCCCCCGGCCUCUGAUGACUUUAUGAAAGAACUUUGCGGCUUGGGAAUAAAUGACGCUCCACAGAUCAGCAGGCAAGUUACGCAGAAAAAUCCCAUAAUUCAUAAAUAUGGAGAAGAGGCCCAUGGGCUCUCCAGAUAUGUCCUUACUGCGGAGGAGAUGCGUCUCAAUGAUUACCCCUUGGAAGGCCUCAGCAACUGCAGCCAUUUUGUCCGCACCUGUUGUGAUGGCCCAGCGACAGACAGCAGUCCCCUCUUUGGGCUGGACUGUGAAAUGUGCCUCACCGAUAAGGGAUCCGAACUCACGCGAAUCUCAGUAGUGGAUGCCAGUGGUCGGUGCAUUAUGAAUGAGCUGGUCAAGCCCAAGUUACCAAUAAGAAAUUACCUCACAAGUUACUCUGGCAUCACAGAAGAGCUGCUUCUUCCUGUCACGACAACCCUUGCCGACAUCCAGGUCCGGUUGAAGAAGCUGCUGCCCUCUGACGCGGUUUUAGUGGGCCACUCUUUGAAUUUUGACCUUCAAGCUCUAGAAAUGGUGCAUCCGAACAUUAUAGAUACUUCUCUUCUUUUUGCCAGGAAGGGUGGCAAACGAUUCAAGCUCAAAUUCUUAGCAGAAGCAGUUUUAAGGAAGGAAAUCCAGCGCACAGACGGAAGCGGCCAUGAUCCAACCGAAGAUGCCAAGUGUGCCCUUGAACUGGCCCAGUAUUUCAUCAGCCAAGGACCCAGGAAGGUAGCAGAGCUGAACCUGGAAGCAAGACAGCUAAAGCAAAGGGAGACGGGAGAGGCAUGGAACGGUGCCUUGCCGCAGCAAAAGAACGGGGUGAGGAAACCCAUCCAAUGCCUUCUAGACAUCUUGCACUCUGUUGGUCAAAAAACAUUGCUUCUGGGACAACAGAAUGAGGGAGCUUCCUACAAUUGUCAAAAUCAGACUGGCUCUCCUAAUAAGCAAGUACUCCAGAGAGCCCUGGAAGAGAUUCCCGGGUCCUCCUUCAGCGUAAUUCAGUUUGCUUUGGAUUCUCAGCAUGCCACACCCAACCAGGUUGCAGAAACAGUUUCCAAGAUGAGGACCAGGCUGGCCAACAUGCUGACACUCUAUGCAGGCCCAUUUGCCAAAGACUUCUGCCUGAAGUCUCUGAAGAGAACCUUUAAGAAAUACGGCCAUGUUCUGUCAAUAAGGGCCAUCACAGAAACAUUUGAGCCCCACGUCUGUAUCCAGUAUGAAGUGCUUGAGGCUGCCCAGCUUGCCCUGGAGAGUCUCAAUGGCGCAGAAGUAGCAGGAUCCUCAAUCAAGCUUCAGAGACCCGUCACUGAGGAAACGCUCGAUUGUGAGGUGCUGGUGAAGGAGCUGGAAGGAGAUGCAGACAAUGAAGGCGUCCUUUACCUGGCAGGAUUGGGGAAAGCCCAGAACGAGGCAGGCUUGCGGGAGAAGCUGGGUUAUUUGAAAGACCUAAAUGCCGUUUUCCUGCCAAGGGAUCCCAGAACCGGAAAACAGAGGAAUUACUGCUUUCUCAAAUUCCACACACCAGAAAGCGCCUCCCAUGCUCUCGAAGCCAUAAGGGAACGGACAGCCAGAGGCAGCCAAAUGCAGAGCAGGAGGGCUCUCACGCCCGCGCGUCUCCACAAAUGGUUUCGUCACGUGAAUCAAAAUGGCGGGAAGCUCCUUGCUCCGCAGCCACCCCUUGAAGCUCAUUUCCUGGAAAAGGAACGGCCCUUUGCUUCGGAAGACGAUUUAAAGAAAGCCAUGAAGACAUUAGACCGUAGAAUCAAACAGCUGCAUCGGUGCUUGCCGAACCACACGCUCUGUGUUGUUUUGUUACCAGGCACAAACAGAGGCUCCGAAUCGUUCCAGGGCUUGGGCCUGCUGGGAAUCAAAGGAGAAAAGCCCGCCUCCUGAGGUUCCUGUUUGCCCUUCACAGCUUUUAACGCCCUGGUUUUGCUAAAAGCUCCAGUGAUUUCAUUUAGGCCCUGCAUCCUGAACACCAGCAAGUCCACACACACCCCAUUCCUUCAAUGUUUUAAAUAUUAAAAUCAGUCAAGUCAAAUAUGAAAGAAGCUGAUCUGGUUAUUAAUUCAGUAAGCUGGGUUCCCCCUCCACUCCACCUUCACUUAACCUCUGCUAACUGCUAACCAAAUGUUUAGGUGGGGGGAAAGAGCAUGGAAGAAGCCAAUUGGGUCUGGGUUUGGUGGAGCUGAGUGAAAAUGGAUCCCCAAAAUUCUCCCAUCUUGUUUUCGGGUGGCAUGGGUUGGAGUUUCACAUAAUAUUCUCCAGGGCAAGAGAAUUCUCCAGUACUUUGGGAAGAGGGUCAGAAAUGAGACUUUCAAAGAAAACCGAUUCUGAGAAAUUUCCACUCGGUUAAUACUGGAUAAAGCUAUGUUAAGAGCUAACACGCGGGUGGCGCUGUGGUCUAAACCACUGAGCCUAGGGCUUGCCAAGCAGAAGGGCUGCGACGGGUCCCAGCUCCUGCCAACCUAGCAGUUCAAAAGCACAUCAAAGUGAAUGUAGAUAGCUGGUGGGAAGGUAAACGGCAUUUCCAUUCGCUGUUCUGGUUUUGCCAGAAGCGGCUUAGUCAUGCUGGCCACAUGGCCCGGAAAAACUGUCUGCGGACAAACGUUGGCUCCCUUGACCAGUAAAGCGAGAUGAGCACCGCAACCCCAGAGUCGUUCACGACUGGACUUAACUGUCAGUGGUCCUUUACUUUUAGCUUUUUAAAGAGCCAACAUUAUCUAAUGGUUGGAUUCGAACAGCUGUAACCGAAAUUCACCACCCGGAUUUGCAGGAGGCAAAUUUUGAGUAGGAAGGAAGAGUUUGCCAAAUAUAUUCUCCUUGUGUGUAAAAUUCGCCCAACAAGUUAAGGGUUUGCUUAAAUGAGAAAAUUCUCAGGACAUUCUUCUCUAAUAAAUAUUGGCCUUUGUGUGUGUGUGUGUGUGUGUGUGUGUGUGUGUGUGUGAGAGAGAGAGAGAGAGAGAGAGAGAGAGAGAGAGAAAUUUAACAAGAAAUAAUGUUAACUGUUGGAAGUUUUAAACAGGCACACUAUCAUGUAUGUAACAAAAUGCCACCCACCCCCGGGGCCAAAAGGUGCAUAGACAAGGGCUACCCACCAAUCUCUGCCUCUUAGGUCCCAUAAUUAAGCUUUUCAUAAACGUUUGUAGCAUUUUCAACACACACACAUACCAUCCAGCCUGCAGGAAGUAGCACAUUUUAGAGCAAAACACUUAACUUUGCCCAUGGGAAAAUGGAAUCUGUGAUUCACACAUUUUGAUCUUUUUCCAUCUUCAUAAAAGGAAAGGUUUCGGCUUGAGUGGGGUGGAGGAACACCGGGGGGCGGGGGAAGAGAGAGAAAGAGAAACUCUUGCCGAGGCAGGAAUGUGUAUAGACUUAAUUAUUAUUAUUCAUUUAUUUCAAAUAUAUUUUGGAAGCCCACAUGACCAUAGCUCUGGUAGGCUUGCAGCCCAUUUGGUUCUAAAAGCAUCUUGAGCAAAGGCAGCAGCCCCUCUGAGCAUGCAUAGAUUGCCCUGUGCCCCCCAAAAGAGGAAAAAAUAAUGGGAUUUAAGAGCAAAAGGCCUCUUAGGGAAACAAACUAAUCUCUGAAUACAUGUUUUGGGGAGAAAAGAACUCUUCGGAUUAGAUUUGUUUUCAGGAAUAAGAAAUCAUUGAUGAUAAUACACCCAAUGCCAGCUCCAAGCUGGGAACAACUGUGGGCCGUCGACAUUUCCAGGCAGGGCUAAGAGCAUCCCCUCCCUGAAACCUCUUGAGAGCUGCUGCCAGUCCGUGUAGGCAAUACUGAACUAGAUGCAGCAAGGAUCGCUUCCUGUGUUCCUGGGGUUGGGGGCGGGGCCGGAAAUAGACUUCCUCCAGAGGAAGCAGCCACCACUUCCCCUUUGCCUAAAUGCUUGCCCUCCCUCUGGGCUCAAUCCUCACAACUGCCCAGAGAGAGAGGCCAAGGCAGGUUGGAGAAGCCUUUCCAUCUCCUCGCUGCUUCCACACUUGGAAUGGGCAACUGAACGGACAGUGACAAAGAGCAGGAACAACAGCAGGGCCAGUACAUUUCGUAGGUUAGCAAUAGGCCCCCAGGCGUGCUCAGCAAAUGCACCACAAAACCAGCCAUGGAUGCCAACUGCGAUCUGCCCAGGUAAGACUUUUGAUGCUGGUACAACUGGGUGUCUUGUCGUCUUUAGCAGAUGAAACAGAAAUCCAAGCUUUUGCUACCUCUGAAUUUCUAUGUGAGCCAAAGGAACAUCUGCCGAACUACCUGGCCAGGCUGCUGCUAAUAAAGACACAGGAAGGCCCCAGGAGAAGAGUGGAAAUCGUAUUCAGCUGGAGCUCAUUUCUUAGAGCAGAGAAGAAAUGGCUACUACUCUGAUUUCAAAACCAAAGGCUUGUUUGUAGUUGCUGUUGUUUUAAAACACACCCUCUUAUACAGAUAGUUACCAGCCAAACAGGGUUGACACUUUUAUCCAAGAGUCAAAUAUAUAAAAUUAAAGCAGAGUUUUUAUUCAA